AAACACCUACCGGCACAGAUGAAAUUGUGAUAAGUGAUAACCGUUCUUCGUUCGGUAUAUAACAACCACACAAAACUGCUACUGUGAUGUGAUUAUCCAGAAUUAUAAAUUCUCGAAAUUAUUUUCAAAACUAUGGAAGAGUCGAUUGGGAUUUUACUAGAAUAUCCUCUGAUCGUACCGUCGAAGGAUUUUACCACUUGGGAAGGGUUCAUAAAAAUUAAGCGUGAACAGUUCCCUUUGACGAUUUUCACACCUGAAUAUCCUUCAGUGACAGGCAUGUCUAUACAUUGUCCACCUGAAGUGACGAGAUUGAUCAAUCCACAGAUGGAAUACUUACUCCAGUGUUCAAGUUUAAGUCAAGUUUUAAAUGCCAUUACACAUUUAUGCAAAUUAAACAUGCCCGACAAAUCAGAAGAUACGUUUCAUCUGAAAGACAUGACGAAAAGGUGCAAAUUUAUUCUCGGAGAACUGAAAAGUGACAUCGAAGAAGAGAAUAUCGAAGAAUUAGACGAAGAUCUUCAGUUUGCCAAAGUCUCAUAUGUGGACAGUACAAAUGAAAAACACCAAAUAAAAUUUUCAUUCACUGAUUAUCCGAAGAUGCCCUUAGUAAUAACUCAAGUUGACGUACCCAGUGAACUGGUGAACGAACUUUCAGGGAUUAUGAACUUCAGGCAGCUUUAUCAGAAAUUUACAAACAUUGUCGAGCAUCUCAUACCAUUUUGGACUGUACUUAAAGACAUUGACAGCCAAACGUGGGUUAUUGAUCCACAACAUCCCCAAAAAAGAGAUGGAUACCGAAGAAUAUUUUUAGAAGAUGACCUUUCGGUUAUUGUUACCAUUAAUCCUCUCAAUCCUACUGACAUACCGGAUUUGAAGUUUUUAGGAGCAAUACUAGCAUGUGAGAACAAACGUAGACUUUACUUCAGUAAUCUGAAGAAUACCCAAUGGAAUAAUGAUGAAUCUAUACUGGAGAACCUGAAAGUUUUGUUAGAACUAAAAGAAUUUCCUUCCAAGCCCAAACCGGCAACAUAUGAAGGCAUGAUAGGACCGAAUAGUUGUUCCAUAUGCUUCUCCGACGAACAAGAACCGAAUCAAUCUCCGCCUACAAAAUGGUGUAACAACCCAAAAUGUAAUUCACGUUAUCAUCUCGAGUGUAUCUUACAGUGGUUUGAAUCACGGCCAAACGUCCACCAGUUUUUCACAUACAUAUCUGGCCCUUGUCCAUAUUGUGAAGGCAAAGUGCUUUGUCCUGUUGAUAACAACAGAGUCCUGUAAAAAAGAAAAACUGCUACUUGUACCUCAUGCCAAGUGAAUUGUGAUAUUGUUUAUUUUUAAAUGGUGGCAGUUUUCCUCUGGAGGCGACGAAUCUGCACACGGAGUGCCUGUUAUACUUUGCACCUGUAUAAAACCCUAUGAAGAAUUUACUUAACGGUCGCAAUGGAGACUUUAAAAUAUAACAUUGAACUA